GCUCCUCCUAGAAUCAGAGAACGAUGUCCAAAAAUGAUGAUCGGAGAACCAACCCGACCAAAUCCCACCAUCAAAAUCCCCGCGUGGGACCCAUUCAACGAUCCGGCGGCUAACUUUCCUUCCGUUAACUACAACUGUAAUGCACCCAACAGUCCUUGCCCCGUCGACUACCUCACGUCCCUCCACCGUUACCUUCCGUCAAACGACUUCGAGUCUGACUCGCUGAGUGAUGAUUCCGACUUACCGGUCGACGCAUUCUCAUGCGACCAUUUCCGUAUGUACGAGUUCAAAGUGAGGAGGUGCGCGCGUGGCAGGUCACAUGACUGGACUGAGUGUCCGUACGCCCACCCUGGUGAGAAAGCCCGAAGAAGAGACCCGAGAAAGUUCCAUUACUCUGGAACUGCUUGCCCUGAUUUUCGCAAGGGAAACUGUAAGAAAGGAGAUUCCUGUGAGUUUGCUCAUGGCGUUUUUGAGUGUUGGCUCCAUCCUGCUCGUUACCGAACUCAGCCUUGCAAAGACGGUACCAGUUGUAAAAGAAGGGUUUGUUUUUUCGCUCACACGCCGGAGCAGCUUCGGGUCUUACCCCAGCAGAGUCCGAGAGGAAAUGGGGCCGGUUCGGGUGAUUUGGAUUAUGUUGGAUCACCCAUACGCCACCGUCUAGACUUUGUUUCUUCACCAACUUCCAUCCUGGCUUCUCCUCCAAUAUCCCCGCCUUCCGAUUCACCCCCUAUGUCACCAAGUGGGUCAUUUAACUCUGCGAGUGAACUGGCUGCUUCCAUGCGUAAUCUGCAGCUUGGUAAGGCAAAAAUGACUGGUGCUUGUUCUUGGGGUCUGCAAAUGGGAUCAGGUUUCGGUUCUCCUCGGGGCUCCACUCUCCGAUCCUCGUUUUGCAGCUCUCCUUCAACUCCAACUCGCACACCCACCCGGUCUGGCCUAGGUCAGUUCGACCUCUGGGAAUGCAACGCUUUUGAAGAGGAACCUGCGAUGGAGAGAGUGGAGUCUGGGAGAGACUUAAGGGCAAGGAUGUAUGCAAAGCUGAGUAAGGAAAAUUCUCUGGACCGACUUGAUCCAACAGGAUCGGGUCCUGAUGUUGGAUGGGUGUCUGAGUUGGUGAAGUGAGUCUUAUUCUUUGGAAUGGACUGGAUGGUGGGGAAUGGGGACUCAGCUUCUGUUUUGAUUUAUUUUGGGAAAUUUCAAGAAAAUAUCGGUGGCCUUUGAUUCUUCUGACUUUGUGAAUAUUGAUGAUCGAUGUUUCUGAUUUGGAUAAUUUGCACUGUAAAUAGACGACGGGGAAAGAGAGAUCGGAGAAGUCUCUAUUUUGUGGUGCACUGCUUCUUUUCUUUAAGUUUUGUUAAUUGGGAAAAAAAGAAAAUUGCAACCUUUGUAUAGACAAGAAGGAUUUAUUAGGGCUGCCGAAAGAAUGGGUAGCGGUUUGUUUCUCAUUUUGUUUAUUAUGAAUCGUAAUUUCCUUUUCAUUUCAUCCUGAUUAUCUCUGUAAUUUCUGUUAUCAUGGCUAAUCAAUGUAAUAUAUUUCUUCA